AUGAGCUCACAUGGGUUCUCACCAGACAGAGCUAAAGUUUCAUCCAAGUUCCUGAAAUUUCGGACGACCGAGAAACCAGAUGCAGUUGUUGAUCUGCUGAGAAGCCAUGGAUUCUCCGGUACCCAAAUCGCCAGAUGCAUCAAAUAUUACCCUGUUCUACUUGAGCUGCAUCCAGAGAGAGUACUUCGUCCCAAGCUCGACUUCCUUCUCUCCGUUGGGAUUUCUCGCCCCGAGCUGAUAAAGGUCGUCUCGUCCAAUCCUUAUUUACUGAUUAUGAGCUUAGAGAAAUGCCUGAUUCCUCGCUAUAAUCUUCUCAAGGAUGUCCUGGUUGAUGACAGGACAAUUGCGAGUGUCCUGAAGCGCAAUUACGGGGGCUUUGUUAGCAGUAAAGAUUCCAAUUUAGUGCCCAACAUAGCACUUCUUAGGAAGCUUGGAGUUGGUGAGAAUCGCAUCACUUACCUGGUCUCUCACUCCCCUACUGUGCUUUUCAGGCCUCACUCUAAUUUUGCUGAGAUUGUUGAGCUUGCCAUGCAUUUCGGAUUUCAUCCAUCGACAUUCAACUUUGUGGCUGCAAUUAGAGCGAUUUCAAGCAUGACGAAGAAAUCAAGCUGGGAGAAAAGAUUGGAGGUGUAUGGGAGGUGGGGGUGGUCAAAGGAUUUGACUUUGUUGACUUUCAAGAGGUAUCCACAAUGCAUGUGUGUUUCGGAGGAAAAGAUCAUGCAGACAAUGGACUUCCUUUUGAACAAACUCGGUUGGGAAUCAAAGGCUGCUGCUAAGUGCCCAGUUAUCUUCGGCUUAAGCUUUGAGAAGAGGGUUGUCCCUAGGUGUUCCGUUGUGCAACUGUUGCGGCUUAGAGGGUUGAUUGAAGAUAUUCCUAGCUUGAGUGUUUUCUUGUCUCCUGUAGAGUACCGGUUUAAGGAUAAGUUUGCUGUCAAAUAUCCAGAUUAUGGGGCUGAAUUGUUGGAUGUGUAUGAACGACGAGUGAAUGUCGUUGAUUUUCGAACUAUGGCUGCCGAGAGAUGUUAA